CUCGAUAAGGCAAUAUGGUGACCACCGUUGAUCUCAACGGCUCUAAUGGUGCCGCAAUGAACGGUCAUGCAACGAAUGGUCAUGCCACAAACGGGCUUCACGGACAUACGAACGGCACACAUAGGCGGAAUCCGGACGGUUCUCUGGACAUUAAGGUACUCGGAAUGAACAGUGGCACUGCGAUGGACGGCAUCGACUGCGCCUUGGUGCACUAUCGACAAGCCUCGCCCACCACACCUCUACAUAUGGAAAUACUUCAGUAUGAUGAGUUACCUGUACCGCAAUGGAUCAAGAAACCCGUCCUCACCAUGCUCCGGGAAACCAAGACAACACCAUCUCGAAUGUCUCAGCUUAACGUUCAACUUGGUAUUAUGUUCGGGGAGGCUGUCCAGACAUUUUGCACAAAACACAAUAUCCCAAUCGAAAGUAUAGACUUGAUUGGCUCACAUGGGCAAACAAUAUGGUUGCUAUCCAUGCCGAAAGACGGAGAGACUCGAUCUGCAUUCUGCCUGGGCGAAGGCACAGUGAUUAGCGGCAUAACAGGCAUCACAACAGUCACAGACUUCCGUAUGGCUGAACAAGCCGUUGGUCGUCAGGGAGCUCCUCUUGUUGCCCUCAUCGAUGGUCUCCUCUUGCAUCAUCCCACCAAGUGGCGUAUCUGCCAGAACAUCGGUGGCAUUGCGAACCUGUGCGUGAUUCCGCCAGAUAACAAAGGCGGGGUUGAUGCAAUGGUGGACUGGGACUGCGGCCCGGGCAAUAUGUGGAUCGAUGCUGCCAUGCGUUAUUUCACCAACGGAGCUCAAGAGUACGACAGAGACGGCGAAUGGGGUGCCCAAGGGACAGUUAACCAGGAUAUUGUUGAUCGUUUCCUGGAGAGUGAUCCAUACUGCAACCACACACCGCCGAAAACCACUGGCCGCGAGACGUUUGGCGACAACGAAGGGCAGGCCAUAGUCGAUGAGUGUCUUUCGUUGGGCAUGAGCAAGUACGACACGGUCGCAACAAUCACCCGCAUCACGGCCGCGAAUAUUGUGAAACAAUAUCGGCAAUUCUUCCCCCGGUUCCACAUCAAUGUCGACGAUAUCGCCGAGAUUUUCAUGUGCGGUGGAGGUGCUAGGAAUCCAAAUAUCAUCAAGCAUCUCCGCGAAUCGUUGCCCAACACCAGAAUCUGCAAGCUUGACGAAACCGGUGUCCCAUCCGAUGCCAAAGAGGCCGUCAGCUUUGCACAACAAGCUUUGGAGGCCAUUCUUGGCCGUGCGGCCCUUGUGCCCAUCAACAGUGACUCGUUGACUCCGAACACUAUCUCUGGAAAGAUUGCCCCUGGAUUGAGGUGGCGGGAGAUAAUGGGCAUGGCACUAGAGUUCGGGAAGGGAGAACCCAGCCUACCCACUGUCAAAGAGAUGAUUGUGGAUCGGCCUUACAACGAUUGGAAGCCUUGA